AAAAAAUAUAUCCAAAAGAAAUUAAUUGUAGGUGCUCAAUUUUGAAUCCCUCGUCCUCGUCCUCGUCAUCGUCCAAGUCAAACGAUCAAGCAAACGAGACAGCCAGCCUGAGACCCGAGAUCUAGAAGAGUUGGGCAAAGAGAAAGAAAGAUGGCGGCAGGAGUGAGCAGGAAGAUAUCAGCUGCAUCAGCUAGGGCUCACACUAGAAGACCUAAACAGAGCACUCCCUUUCAACUCCCCUCGGGGUUGUUUAAGAAAAUUCUUGUGGCUUUCUUUAUGGGAUUACUGGCAUGGGCUUAUCAGGCCAUACAGCCACCUCCACCCAGGAUAUGUGGCUCUGCAGAUGGCCCUCCUGUUACAGCACCUAGGGUAAAACUUAGUGAUGGAAGGCAUUUGGCCUACAAAGAGCAUGGUGUCCCGAAAAAUGAAGCGAAGCAUAAAAUAAUAUAUGUCCAUGGCUUGGACUGCUGCAGACAUGAUGCUGUAAUUGCCACGCAAUUAUCCCCGGAUGUUGUUGAAGGUUUAGGGGUCUACAUUGUGUCAAUUGACAGACCCGGUUAUGGAGAGAGUGACCCUAAUCCAAAACAAACAUUGAAGAGUAUGGCUACGGAUAUAGAGGAGCUUGCCGAUCAGUUGGGACUAGGAUCCAAAUUCUACGUUGUUGGGUUUUCUAUGGGCGGGCAAGUGAUUUGGACCUGUCUCAAGUACAUUCCUCACAGGCUCGCAGGAGCAACUCUUAUAGCUCCUGCAGUCAACUUUUGGUGGCCUGGUUUUCCUGCAAAUCUUUCUGAAGGAGCCUACAACCAGCAGUUUCCUCGGGAUCAGUGGGCAUACCGUAUUGCUCACUACACUCCAUGGCUUUCCUUCUGGUGGAAUACUCAGAAGUGGUUUCCUUCUUCUAGUGUAUUAGCUCAAAGUCCUGCUGUUCUAUCUCGCCAAGACUUGGAACUCGUUCAAACUAGACCGGGAAGGCCACAUGAGGCACAGGUUAGACAGCAAGGAGAUUUCGAGUCCGUCCACCGCGACUUGAUAAUUGGCUUGGGAACUUGGGAAUUCGUUCCCCUCGAUCUCAACAAUCCGUUUCCCAACGACGACGGUUUGGUCCACCUAUGGCAAGGAGAUGAAGAUCUUCUGGUGCCCGUUACAAUGCAGCGUUAUAUCGCCCAACGGCUCCCUUGGAUAAAAUACCAUGAAGUUUCGGGGUCUGGGCACAUGUUCCCUUUCGCCCGUGGAAUGGUUGAUGCCAUGAUAAAAGAACUUUUACUGGGGCAAAACAGCGAGCCGCAGAUUUGAUGGUCUCUCUCAGGCGGUCUUUGUUACUUUUCUUCUGCUUUCUGGUUUGGGUCCUGGAAUUUUUUUUCUGGGUAUUUUGGUAUGUCUGCAGAAUAGUUGAUCAGCUGUUGAUUUUUUGAAGUAUGCUGUAAUUUUUCCCCCUUUUUUGAUAAAGACAAUACACACUAGACGAGGUUGGAAUAUGCUUUAUGAAAACUGCAUUUGCUAUUAA